AUGCGUGCUAUUUCUUUAGUUAAUCGUUUAGAGUUCCAAUUUAUGGGUAAUGUUGCUAGAAAUGCUGUUACUUUAGGAGAUAUAGACAAUGAUGGGUGUAAUGAAUUAAUUAUUGGUAACAACAAAGGGGAAGUCGCUGUUUUUAAGGGAAAAGAACGAAUCAAAAAAAUAACUGAUCUUUCAUUUGUUAGUUGUGUGGCUGUUGGCGACAUUUUCAAUAAACAAAAGAAUAGUCUGGUUAUUGUAACAGCUGAUGGUUGGUGUUACAUUUAUGAAGUUCCCGAUAAUGGUAUAAAUGUUAGUGAAGAAGUUGAAAAAACUGAUGAAGAUAUAAGCCAGGUUGAUGGGCAAGUACAAUCAGGGGAGACCUUAGAAUAUAGCACUGAGUCAAAUAGGAGUCAAGGUGACAAAGAAGAAAAACCACAAUUGGUUUGUGUCCAUAUUCAGAGAAUUCCUGCAAAUGCCAAGAACAUUGUUCUGGGUGACAUUGACAACGAUGGAAUGAUAGAAAUGAUUUUGGGCCUUACCGACAGAGUUGUCCGUUCUUAUAGAUGGGUUAAUGAGCCCUUCAAACCGUCUUAUGACACAGCUCACAAUCUUGAAAAUGUACAAUAUUUUGGCAAACUAAUUGCUUUAAACAAAUGGGAAUGUGCAAACCAAAUCGGUUCAAUCACACUCCACCACACCAGCGACGGAAAACCCUCUUUAUUAAUUGCUCAACCAGGCGGCACGUUUAUGAGAAUUCGUUGCCAGCCCGAUGACAGUGGCCAAGCUCAAGAAAAUCUGGAAUUAAGUGGUUCAAGUAGCGAUACUAUGCCCGGCUCUGCCAUAGACUACCAGUUCCUAGGAAUUUCAAGAAUGAGGAAUCAAAACAUAUCAACAGAAAUUUUGGGUGAUUUCCAAUCGAGAAAUUUGGAAAGUCAGAAUGAAGAUGCGAAAAAAUGUCCUUAUGCUGUUGCUACUUUGGAUGGGACGAUAAUGCUGGUUCAAGAUGAAGUCAUCCUUUGGGCCAUUGCUGUUGAUCACCAGAUUUUUGCAUUGUGUAAACUUGAUGUCACUGGUAAUGGCAUGGACGAUAUCGUCGUAUGUUCGUGGGAUGGCCAAACUUAUAUUCUUGAUCAAGAGAAAAAUUGUGUUAGAUUUCAUCUUGACGAACCUGUUCAAGCGUUUCAUUGUGGACACUAUAAUCUGACAAUCAAUGAUGAUCCCGUAACUUGCCUAGUCUACAUCACCUUUAAGAAUACUGUAAUUAUUUACUAUGAUAUACCGCUCAAAGAACUGAAGUGCAAAAAAUACGAGCCUUCGCUAGAUUUAUUGCGUGAAUUGUACAUGAAAGACGGAAGAACUGAGGAAGAGGCACAGGAGAUGGUUAAAAACUUAGACAAGAAAAAGAAGAAUCAACUAAUACAUCGUCUGUUAUACAACGUGAAGAAAUCAUAAUUGUUAUUUUAUUGGAAGUAUACAAAUAUGUAUUUAAAUAGAAAUAAACUUUUUACAGGAAACAUUAAGUCUAA